CCCAACUGAGUCGCCGGGUGCAUCCGAAGGAAGUUUAAAUGCUAUAAAAGAUUAGAGAGCACAACCGCUGGCCACGAACAACUCCUGGAGGGGCUGCCAAUCCGGGGGUGGGAAUGGGAUGGGGACUCAGUGCUCCUGGGGCUGAGAAAUGCUGCAGUCCCCUUGACCCUGCCCUGUGACUGACCCUGCAAAGCAACUCACUCGCCCUGUGCGCAUGCUCCGGGUUGGACAGCUCCUGAGAGGGAAAUUUAAAAACGGUUUGGAGACAGAAACUGCAGCCAAAUUACAAAGAGAGAGAUCCCUUUAGACCAGAGAAGUGCAGCAGCCGCAGAUCUCACUCCAGGAGAUGAUAGAAAGUGACAUUACAUCCAUGAUGCCAGGAAUCAUUAGAAAUUCAGGGCAAAAUCAUCACCCCUUGCCACAGGAAUACAGACUCUUGGCUUCCGCCCCCUCCCAGUUGAGUGAAGACCUUCCAAGCGACUUGCAGUCCUUGUCAUGGCUGACCUCUGUUGAUGUUCCUCGCUUACAACAGAUGGCUAGUGGAAGAAUGGACUUCAGCAUCAGCUCUCAGGAGUCAAUGCUGCAGCAGACAGGUCCUGUGCCAGGUAAUAUGCAUGCAACAGGUGCUCCCGGAGCAAUGAUUCAGGUGCAGGCCAGUCUGCCACAGGGAAUUCUGGGACUGAAUACUAUUACAUCGCAUGGAGCAAAUAUGAGCCAGUACACAGUCGGAGGGCAGCCAUCUCCUAGUUUACAGUCACAGCACCCGCUUUUCCCUGCGCCUCAUUCACAGCGAGUGUUUGCCAUCGCACAGAAUGCGCAACAGUGUAACUCAGCAGCAAUAUACAAUGCAUCCUAUGGACCCCAUCCUCAAUAUUCUCAACCUCGCCUUGCCCCUCACACUGCUCAGGAAGUCCAUCCAAAACAUUAUCCCAAGCCAAUCUACUCCUACAGCUGCUUGAUUGCAAUGGCAUUAAAGAACAGUAAAACGGGCAGCCUCCCAGUGAGUGAGAUCUAUGGCUUCAUGAAGGAGCACUUCCCCUACUUUAAGACAGCGCCCGAUGGUUGGAAGAACUCUGUGCGCCAUAACCUCUCCCUGAACAAGUGCUUUGAGAAAGUGGAGAAUAAAAUGAGUGGCACCUCACGCAAAGGCUGCCUGUGGGCCCUCAACCCUGCCAAGAUUGACAAGAUGGAAGAAGAGAUGCAGAAAUGGAAGAGGAAGGACUUGGCCGCUAUUCACAGGAGCAUGGCCAAUCCAGAGGAAUUAGACAAACUAAUCACCGACAGACCUGAGAACUGCAGGCGGUCUAGUAAAUUGGCAGAAUCCGAAGUGUCCACACUGACCCACAUGACCGCAGCCCAAGGCCGAAUCUCCAUCUCCAAGCUGCAGCCCCAGCCCAUGACUCUCUCUCUGCAGUCCAUACCACUGCAUCACCAGAUCCAGACCCAGGCUCGCAUAGCCCCGGACUCACCGGCACCUGCCCAGACGCCUCCUCUCCAUACUCUGCCUGACAUGAGCCAGAGUCCGCUUCCUCAUCACCCAAUGAGCCACGCACCCGCAGACUUCCUGAAUGUGACGGCAGAUAUGAACAGCGAAGUGGAUGCUCUCGAUCCAAGCAUCAUGGAUUUCGCACUACAAGAGCCAAAUAACCACAGCCAUCAAACAAACGGAGAUCACAUGCCUUUUCUGGAAACUCUUGCAAUGCCAACACCUUUCUGAUGUAACUGUCUUUAAAUGUAUUCUUGGAGGAGGGAGUGGGGUGGGAAGGAGGCUUCAAGCAGAAAUUUUUUAAAUCAAACCCACAAUUUUUUUUACCUAGGGCUUAAUAAAACAGGAGGGUGGGUGGCUGACCACAUGAAGGAGGUAGUAGAGCUGAAUUAUUAAACUGAUCAUUGGAGUGGAAUUUUAGGAAGGACAUUUAUCUUAGGCUUGAACAAAAAAAUUAGAUUUGUUACAAUAGUUCCUGUGUAUUGUGCUUCUGUUGAGUCUUGUGCUAGGCAGUAUUACUAUUUGUAAAUUUAUUUAUAUUUAUUGUUAUGAAGAGAAAAGAAAUUAUGUAAACUGAGCACUGUUCAGUUUUUUUUAAAUGCAGUAACUAUUUGCAUGAACUAAAUUAUUCAUAAUCACAAAUGCAACACCUUAUUUUAAAUCACUUUUGUAGUACUUUGGUUUCAUUUUGAAAGCUGAAUUUAAACAAGCACUCUUGAUACUGUGAAACACCUUUAAAAAAAAGUCAGACCAAAUUUUUUUUUUUUACUAUACAGUACCAAUUCAUAAUUGUCUUUUUUCCUAAUUAACCUAAGCAAAAUUGAUUCUUACCAUGCAUUUUUUUUGUAAACUUUUGAAAACUAGUAUGUAUUUGGUAACAUUUUAAAAUUGGAUUUGAAGAAAGUUCAAACUACGAGUGAUGUAAAGUAAGUUGUAAGAAUUACACUUACAUGUAGUGUUUAGGUUUUUGUACCUCUGUGACAUUUAAGUAAUAUUUAUUAUUAUUUUUUGUUUUGCUUAUCACUGUGCCUCGAUAACAAUUGUACCCUUCCUUAUAAUUGUACCAACACUGUACCGACUUAGAUUCGGACAAAACUCUUCCCUACACUAAAUUAUGACUAAGAAUGUUUUGAAGCAGAAAAGGCCCCACUAAUUUUUCAGUACACAGAUUUAAACAAGAAAAAAAAUAAAACAGCCAGCCUUUCUUAAAUUCUGUAUACUGAUACUCUGGGAAGAUGUAGAAUGCAGGAUCUUAUCCCACUGCAAUGUCCAGUGGUACUUUCUUGUUGAAAAUCAACAUUGUGAAAAUGAGAUGUGAUAAUGUCUUAUGCGUAUAUAUCUUUUCAAAUAUGCACAUAAGUAAUAACCUCUUCUAAAAUGGCAUGAUGCUCCAUGUCAUAAUUUAUUGUUUAAUCAAGUCCCAUUUAGAAACAAAAUAAUGUGGACGUUGAUCAUUUGAUGUGAGUGGUAUCAUUUAAGAUGUUUUAAAUUUUUUAAUAAAUAUUUCUUAGUGCUAACCCUGGGUUA